CAUUCCGGUGAAAGUGUGCGCCUGUUAUCCAACAUGGCUGCGUCCAGUAGUAGAGCCGUGUUGACUGUUUUAUCAAAAUGUGGCAAAUGCAGCUGGACUUCGUUUAUUUCUUCGUCAAACGUGAACCGACAGCUAAUCAGCAGGCAGAUCUGUGUGUCAUCAGCUGCAUGGAGGAAGAACCUGGCGGCGGCUGGGCCUAAAAAGUUCUCAGAGGAGUACAUUAAGAAACAAAUAGAUGAGUUCAACAUCGGCAAACGCCACCUUGCCAACAUGAUGGGAGAAGAUCCUGAGACGUUCACGCAGGAGGACAUAGACAGGUGUAUAGCAUAUCUCUUCCCCUCUGGUCUGUUUGAAAAGAGAGCUCGACCUAUAAUGAAGCACCCAGAUCUGAUCUUCCCGAAGCAGGCUGCGGUGCAGUGGGGCGAGGACGGACGCCCUUUCCACUAUCUUUUCUACACUGGGAAGCAAGCCUACUACUCCCUCAUGCAUGAUAUGUUUGGGAAAGUGUUGGCCAUCGAAAAAUAUCAAGACAAGUUGAGAAGUAAAGGACUUUUUAGUCAAGACACAAAACAGAUCUCUCUGAGCGGUAGCCGGUGGUUGUUAAAGGAGGAGCUGGAGCAGUUACUGGUAGAGAAUAUCUCUGAUCAUGAUUAUACUCGGUUCCUGCAGUUGAUGGAGAGGCUCUUGUCCAUGCCCUACUGCUCUAUGGAGGAAGAGUUUGUUCAGGGUUUCCGCCGGAAGCUGGAGGUUCAGUCCAGCAAGCAAGAGAUACCCGCACUACAGCACAGUGAAGAUGGAGUGGCCUUCAGUCAGGCCGAUGGAAGGAGAAAAUCGUCCAAUGCCAACGUCACACUCAGAGAUCGGGGCUCUGGCUGUAUCACAGUCAAUGGCAGGAACCAUGUGCAGUAUUUCCCCAUUCUUCAGGACAGACAACAGCUGAUGUUCCCACUGCACUUUGUGGACAUGCUGGGAAGGUUUGAUGUGGAGGCCAGCGUAGAGGGCGGCGGUCAUUCGUCCCAGGCCGGAGCUCUGAGGCUGGCAAUCUCCCGAGCACUGCUCAGCUUUGUUUCUAAUGGAGUUGUAGAGAACAUGCGACAAGCUGGUUUGCUGACAUCUGACCCCAGAGUCAAAGAGAGGAAGAAGCCUGGCCAGGCUGGAGCACGUAAGAAAUUCACCUGGAAAAAGCGUUAACUGGUAUUAGGCACUGUGGAUCCAACAUCAACAUCUAGUUCACAUAUAUUGGCUGUAUAUCUUACAGUCUGCAUUGUUUGUAUAAAUGAAUCAUGUAUAUUGCAAUAAAAUAAAUGUUUUCAUCUA